AUGAGUCGGGCAGAGGACGAUUUUUUUGCAUUUGCGGGCGAGCCGCUCGAUCAGCCGCGCAAGCGGCGGAAGAAGAAGAAGUCCCGGCCCGAUGCGGGCGCCAAGUCGCCGUCUGUGGGGGAAACACCGCCCCUGUUUGAGAAAAGCCCAGAAACAGAGGUUAUCAGUGUGGAGGACGCCAAGCCGGCCGCUUAUGGCGACCUGAUCGAGCAGUUGGGUCUAGAGGCAAGUGUCGUGGAGGCCAGGCGGCCUGCUGUUGUGAAAACGAAGAAAUCGCGCGCCGUGGAGCCCAGCACAGACGACCUGUUCUUGAAGCAGCUCGACAAGGACGUGGCUCUGUCGCAGCCGGACGCGGAGCUGGACGAGCUGCUGGAGAAGUACGGCUCGACCGAGCGCACGGUCCUGUUCAACGGCAAGCAGAUCCCGGUGAAACAGGCGGUUUUCGCCCUGACGGUGCAGAUCACGCUAGCAAACAGCGAGAGCCUGGGGUUCCGGCUGCGUGUGCGUAGCAACGCGCAAUUCAAGACGAUUCUGCGCGAGAUCAUGAACCAGUUGCGAGCGCACGGCCGCGAGCUUGCCGCGGAACAGGCCGCAGACACAGACUCGCUCGUGUUCUACAUCGAGGACCAGGGCAUUAUUCUGACGCAGGACCUGAAAGUCGGGUCGCUGGUGCGGUCUGGCGCGCGGUUGCGCGUCAACGACGUGGGCGAUGCGUUCGAGGUGGUCACCGUGCUGCUCACCGACGCCGCUGCGCGCGGCCGCAAGAGAGACACCUCGAUCGAAAAACUGCUCCUCACAGACGACCAGGCCGAGUCGCUCGACGGCGAGUCCGACGAGCUGAUCCUGACGCUCGUGGACCCGCAGCGCGGCGGCCAGACCACCGCGGUCUCGGCCAGGGUCGGCACCACGGUCAAGGAGCUGCUGGACGUUUUUUUAGUGCGCAUGAACUAUCCAGACGGGCUGGCCAUCGACUUACAGCAUAAAGGACUCGUGCUGGACCACAACACGCUGGUUUCCUUGGACCUGAGAGACAACGACGUGCUGGAGGUGUUGUACAACAUACACGACCUGGACAAGUUCCAGGACCAGGCCGUGUCCAGCGACGAAGACGUGAUCGAGACCACCACGUCCGACAACUACUUCUCCAUCAAGCUCAAGGGCCGGGACCGCAAAGAGGUGCGUGCCAGAGUCAACCCAGAUACCCGGAUCGAGGCCAUUGCGCGGUUCUAUCUACAAAAAUGCGGUCUGGGUCCAGAAACCCAGGUGCGUCUUAUUUUCGACGACGAGGCACUGGACCCUGGCCAGACCGUCGGCCAGACAGAGCUGGAGGACGACUAUUUGGUGGACGUUGAGAUUAUAUGA